AAAAAAAUAAUGCAUGGAUAAAAAUGUGUAACAGAGUUAUACAUGUAUAGUACGACUUGCCAUAAAAAACAGUUUAUUACACACCACGUAAGGGAAAUCUCGAUUUAUCAUACGGUCAUUAAAUGCAGCACCCCUGUGGAUCAGGGUCGUUCACCCCGGGGAGCAACAGUCGGGCUCUGCUGUCCUUAUGCAGCAGCAGCUACACAGGAGGCUGCACUUUGGCCAACCCAGAUCUAAGUUCAGGCCAACGUGGUAAAAUAACUGCACACCAUUGGUGGAGCUGUCACUACAAAAGCCGGAUCACACAUUUUUCGUGCGCAUUAAUCGUCCACACAAGUACCGAGCAGCUUCAACAUGGUGAGGAAGGUAGCAGUAAUCGGGGCUGGUCCCAGUGGCCUGACCAGCAUCAAGGCCUGUCUGGAUGAGGGCUUGGUGCCAGUCUGUUUUGAGAGCAGCGAUGACAUGGGCGGUUUAUGGAAGUUUAAGGAAGUAUCGGAGCCAAACCGAGCCAGUAUCUAUCGCUCUCUUACCAUUAACAUUUCUAAAGAGAUGAUGUGCUACAGUGAUUUCCCCAUUCCGGCUGAUUACCCCAACUACAUGCACCACUCUAAAAUCAUAGAAUACUUCAGGAUGUAUGCCAGUCACUUCAAACUGCUGCAGCACGUUCGUUUUCAGACCUUGGUUAAGUGCGUCAGACAGAGGCCAGACUUUUCCCGCACCGGUCAGUGGGAGGUUGUGACUGAGAACAAAGACGGACAGGAGGAGAAGCACGUCUUUGAUGCUGUGAUCUGCUGCAGCGGUCAUUACACCUUUCCUCACCUGCCGCUUAAAGACUUUCCAGGAAUUGAGACAUUUGAAGGAAAAUACUUCCACAGCUGGGACUACAAGGGACCGGAGGAUAUGUAUGGGAAGAGACUGGUGGUCGUCGGCAUCGGCAACUCAGGCGGCGACAUCGCCGUUGAGAGCAGCAGGGUGGCCGAGCAGGUAUACAUCAGCACCCGUCGUGGGGCCUGGGUCAUCCGCCAGGUUUCUGACAACGGCCUUCCCGUAGACGUCAAAUACAACACACGCUUCGUCCACAUCCUGUUUCAACUGCUGCCCAUUAACGUGCUCAACUGGAUCGGAGAGAACAAACUCAACGCCAUGUAUGACCACACUAUGUAUGCCCUCAAACCGAACCACAGACUUUUCAGUCAGGUCCCUGUGAUCAACGAUGACCUGCCCCUCAAGAUUCUCUCUGGCGCAGUUGUCAUCAAGCCAAACAUUAAAGAGAUCCGAGGUUCCACUGUGGUGUUUACUGAUGGCACUUUUGUGGAGAAGGUGGACACAAUUGUGUUUGCCACAGGGUACAACUAUGACUUUCCGUUCUUGUCAAGUAAUGUCAUGUACAAAUCUGGCCACCGUGUGGGUCUGUACAAGCACAUCUUCCCCCCAAACAUUGAGCAUCCAACUCUGGCUGUUGUGGGUUUCAUCCACGCUCUUGGAGCCAUUAUGCCACAGGCUGAAAUGCAAGUUCGCUGGGUCACUCGUGUCUUUAAAGGAAUUUGUAAGCUUCCCUCAAACCAGGUCAUGAUCAAGUCCGUAGAAGCGGACACCAAGAAAAUGGAGAAUAACUACAUUGUGUCAAAGCUGACACCCCUGCAGGUGGACUUUGUUUCCUACAUGGACGAAUUAGCUGGAGAGAUUGGGGCGCGACCAAGUUUGCUCUGGCUCUUCUUUACUGACUACCCGCUUUUUAAGAAGUUGUUGUGGGGACCUGUGACAACCUACCAGUACCGUUUAACAGGACCUGGAAAGUGGGACGGGGCUCGUAAAGCAAUCUUUACCCAGAUGGAUCGUGUAUACCAGCCCCUAAAAACCAGAAAGCUGGUAGAGCCGGAGCCCUCUUUGACUGGCCGUCUGAUCAAAAUGACAUUCACCCUAUCAGUAGCAGGAGCUGCUGCCUACUACAUUUACCUUAAACAUCCAGCCGCCGUUCAGCGCAUCCUAGAUAAGAUCCACGUCCAAGCAGCCUAAACAUGCUGCAUGAUGAGUUCUUAAUCAGUCAAGGAAAACAGCUUUGAUCACAGGACUACAGUAGGUCAGAUGAAGGUGAAACAUAGGGUUGACGUGGGUUGCAAAAAAACUGAAAGGAUCAAGGGUUUCUUAGCACAUCUCAUAUGACCACAUGUAUGCCUACACAGUUUAUUAUCUUUCAGUAACAAUAAUAACAUCACUUCACCUCUUCAUUAGCUUCACUGCAAAUCAUCAACGCUAAAUGUAUAUAUGUAGAAUCUAUAAAGCACGAAUCUCCAAAUCCUGGCUCAGGGGCCCCCCAAAUUUGUAUUAUUUUGCAGUAUUUUACAGUUCAUGAAAUGUCCUUUUUUAGUGAACAUUCGACACAGAGGUAAAUAUCACAGUAGUGGCCCUUGAGUUUGAGUUGUUACAGCCACAUUAGCAUCAAGCCUGUAAAGGUAAAAAUAAACACGCUGCAGUGCCAAAUUACUGUCAUUUCAGCAAAAUACGACAGUCUUUCAUUGUAAUGUUUAUCUUAUGGCCACCUUGAAACUGAGUACCCCUGUAUGUGUAUUUUGCAAACAGGAGUUGUUAAAGUACAUAUUAAAGUACGUGAAAAUUGGCACAUCUAUUUAUCCUAUUUAUCCAAUACCAGUUAUACUCAAAUAUAUGUUUAUGCGCAGUUUCCAUUAACAACAUUCAUGGUGCUAAAACGUGUUUUAAAUUUGGGCCCGUGAAGUGAUUGAGUCAGUCAUAGCGGUGACCAAAAGUGCAGUGGAUCUGAAUGGUGUCUGGUUAUAGUUUGAAGAAAUGAUAUUGCUGAAUCUCUGAAACAGUGACUUUCUUGCCACCUACCGAGUAACCACUAUAGUAACUAAGUGUACACUGCAGUAUAUACGUAAUUUCAUACUUAAUACACUGGGAACUUACCAACUCUGAAUAAAAAGAAAUCUCAAAAUUC